AUGGAGAUGUUAGAUAGUGUUGAUUGGCACUUCUGGUUUGGUGACACUUUCCCUCGCACUAAUUUCCUCACCACCCCGCCCCAUUUGUUCCACCAAAUGGUCUCCUUGUGGGAAGAUAAGAGUUUCAGCAUAGUUAAAAAAUGGAUCAAUUGGGAUAAUCGUGUUUAUGGUGUACCUCCUCCUAAAGUUUAUGACCAUAGAAAGCUGGAUCGUAUUUACGAUCAUUUUUUCCGCGGUACCAUAAGUGGAAAAAUACGGUUUCUUUGGCUGCUAUUGUGCAUUAAAGUUCGAUGGGCUGACAAAGUUGCACUAGCUUUGAACUUUGCUACCGAACAUUGCUCGCCAAAUUAUGCAUGUCCUAUAUUUCAACAUUUGUACGAAUGA